ACAGCACUGAGCCCAGCCCUGUUCUGAACACAGAUGGGACCAUGAGCUCCAGCCGUAGCUUUAGCCAGAACCAUUUAGCCUCCCUCCAUGGGAUUCAAAGCAACUGGGGUCAGCCAGGGAGCUUCCCCCGGGCCCCCAGUGUCCAUGGAGGUGCUGGAGGGGUCCGCAUCUCCCUUUCCUUCACCAGACCGAGCUGCCCACCCCCUGGAGGGUCUUGGUGGUCCGGAAGAGGUGGUUCCCUCCUAAGUGGGAAUGGGAAAGCCACUAUGCAGAACCUCAAUGACCGUCUGGCAACCUACCUGGACAAGGUGCGUGCCCUGGAGGAGGCCAACUUGAAGCUGGAAAGCCGCAUCCUGCAGUGGCACCAGCAGAGAGAUACCGGCAGCAGGAAAGAUUAUUCUCAAUACGAGGAAAACAUCAGCCACCUGCAGGAGCAGAUCGUGGAUGGUAAGAUGGCCAAUGCUCAGAUCCUUGUUCUCAUUGACAAUGCCAGGAUGGCCGUGGAUGACUUCAACCUCAAGUAUGAAAAUGAACACUUCUUUAAGAAAGACUUGGAAAUGGAAGUAGAGGGCCUCCGGAAGACCUUGGAUGAUCUGACCAUUGUCACGACAGACCUGGAACAGGAAGUGGAGGGAAUGAGGAAAGAGCUCAUCCUCAUGAAGAAGCGCCAUGAGCAGGAAUUGGGGGAGAACCCAGUGCCAAGCGACUUCAAGGUCAAUGUGAAGGUGGACAGCACUCCAGGAGAAGAUCUAAUUAAGGUUCUGGAGGAUAUGAGGCAGGAAUAUGAGCUCAUAAUAAAGAAGAAGCAUCAGGACAUUGACACUUGGUUUAAAGAGCAGUCUGCAGCUGUGUCCCAGGAGGUGGCUGGUCCCAGUCCAGCAGCUGUGCAGGGCAACCAAAAUGACAUCCACGAGCUGAAACGAACUUUCCAAGCCCUAGAGAUUGACCUACAGACACAGCACAACAAGAAAUCUGCUUUAGAGUACAUGUUGUCAGAGACCCAGUCCCGGUACUCCUGCCAGCUCCAGGGCAUCCAGCAGAUCAUCGCCCGCUAUGAGGAAGAACUAAGGCAGCUCCGCCGUGACCUCGAGCGUCAGAACACUGAACACAAGCUGCUCCUGGGCAUCAAAACCCAUCUGGAGAAAGAAAUCGCCACCUACCGCCAGCUCCUGGAGGGAGACACUGAGGGGACAAUGGAAGAAUCCGAGUGGACCAGAAAAGCAUCUGCAGCUCCAGUGCUCAAGGCCAUCACCCAGGAGACAGUCAAUGGAAGAAUCGUUGUUUCUCAAGUGAAUGAGAUCCAAAAGCAAGUGUGAGGCCAAUUUGGUUUUAAUUCUGCUUGUUGUAAAAACUAUUGUUCCCUCAAUGGAAAGCACUUAUCUCCACGAUGAUGGGUGAGUCCUUAAAGGUAUCCAUGGAAUAAGCAAUUCAGAAACUUUUGUUUUCGAUAGCAAUCUUACUAUGUUGUUCAUAUACUGCUGGACUUUUUUUAGUCAAGUUUCAUGAAACUAAAGCCUUGCUUUCUUACCACAAUCUUCAGAUUCCUGUCAAGAUGCAUCUUGGUUUGGAAUCAAUAAAAUGACCCAUAUUUUGCUUCAUGUCUUUUUCCUUCUUUCACAAGGCCACGUAGGGCCUCUUUCUCAUGGAAGGUUCUCAGAGCAUUGUCCAUGAAAGAUUUCGAGGGCUCUUCAAGCUUUUGGUGUGUCCACAGCAGCCAAACACUGGACAGGGCUUCAUGCAUGCUAGGCAAGCACUGUACCACUAAGCCACAGUCUCAGCAAGAGAGUUAUUUUUAAAGAAACAAAACUCAGAAAACGAUCACUAACCUUUCCCUUCCAGUUAUAGUUUGUGUAUGACUGGGAAAUAGCAAAUUUAACAUAUGAAUGAUUUUUCUUCCUAUGACCUGAAAUAUUUCCAAGGUCUUAUUUUAUAUUCACUCUAUCAAACAAGGUAACCAAUUCAUUCCAGUUUUCCUAUCUAGGGAGAUGUGCCUCUUUUUCACUGAGUAGAAACAAGUAGAGAGAAAUAUUUUCUCAGAUAAAGAGAAAAAUGACACAAGUUUGACUCUAUGACACAUAGAAUAACCUUUCUCCCACAAUAACCUUUCUCUAUGACACAAAGAAUAAACCUUCCUCCAAGUCCCAUAGAAUAACCUUUCUCCCAAAAGCCUUACAAAAUACCCAUCA